AUGUAUCUUGCUUGUGAGAGGAGUAGCCAAUAUAAAGCAACAAAUAAGUUAAAACAUGAUGGCAACAAUACAUCAAGAAUAACCGGUACGAAGAAGUGUGGUUGUCCUUUUGAUAUGAGGGCUCACAGGUUUACCACAUAUGAUGAAUGGACAUUGACUGCAGUAUGCGGAUUGCAUAAUCAUCCACCUGCGGAGCACCUCGAGGGACAUUCAUAUGCGGGGAGGCUAUCAAAGGAUGAGAAAGCAUUGUUAAUGGAUAUGUCAAAGAGCAUGGUUCGGCCAAAAGAAAUCCUAGUAACCUUGAAACAGCGAGAUGCCCUCAAUGUAAGCACACUUAAAACCAUUUACAAUGUACGCCAUCGAAACAGGGUGGUACAGAGAGCUGGAAGAUCACAGAUGCAACACUUAUUGGGUGAAUUGGCCAAGUAUAAUUACAUUGAGCGCCAUCGGUCUGAAGAGUCCACGAUGACUGUGACAGACUUGUUUUGGGCACAUCCUACCAGUUUGGACUUAUUUCGGUCUUUCACACGUAUAUUAAUUAUGGAUUGCACAUAUAAAACCAACAGAUAUCGACUUCCUCUUCUUGAAAUUGUGGAAGUGACAUCAACUGAAAUGACAUUCUCUGUAGCUUUUGCAUACUUACAGUAUGAGAGGGUCGAUAAUUAUGCGUGGGUGUUAGCCACAUUACGUGAUGUCAUGGAUGGGUUUGUUGUGCCAAUAGUUAUUGUUACUGAUAGAGAGCUAGCCUUGAUGAAUGCCAUACAGAAGAUAUUCCCGAGUGCCAGACAUUUAUUAUGUCGUUGGCAUAUCAGUAAGAAUGUGUUGACCAAAUGCAAGAAAAUGUUUGAGACACAGCAAAAAUGGGAGAAGUUCAACCAUGAGUAG